UUGUACAAGUUUUAUAGUUCAGAGGACCCACCACCUUGUGAUCUUCUGAGAAUACCUCAGUUUUUAGAUCUCCUAAUCGAUGCGCUUUUCAAACCAACCCAGCAAAUUAAUAGAGARCACAAGUUCAAGUAUAUCUAYCUCCUUGCAUUUGCUUCUUGUGUUCAUGAAAUGUGGCAAGAGAAUCAUAGGCUUUCKUUAAAUGUUGAUGAGCUUAAGGCMACCUCGCAGGCAAUAGACAAAGUCCAUAAUAUCUGCAUGCARGAGAGCAGYGGUGCAUCGCAUCUGUCGUCUGAAGUGGGCACAUUAUUUCAAUGUAUUAGAUACCCGGUGGUUGCCAUGGGAAUACUAAAAUGGGUUGACUACACUGUUUCGGACCCUUCGUUCUUCAAACUCAUGACYGACUCGACCCCUGUUCACCUUUCAUUGCUUGAUGAGCUUGUUACUUGCCAUCCACUACAGCAUCGAUUAGUACUCAACCUACUUAUACGAUUGUUUGAGUCUCCAACGCCACUCGAUACUCUGGUUGAGCUUGAGUUCAAGAAAACAGUGCUUGACCGAAUGGUUCAUAUGCUAAGCCGUGGCUACGUUAUACCUGUUAUAAGUUAUAUYAAUAAAUGUAUGAAAGGACAAGACACAGACAACUCUCUCAUAAGGCACUUUGUUACUGAGGUUUUAGAAAUGAUAGCUCCGCCAUAUUCGCCCGAGUUCAUCCAACUCUUUUUACCAAUUGUGCAAAACAAACACAUUACAGGAAAAUUGAGAAAAAACGAAGGAUCAGACGAUGUUUCUGCAUUCAUUGCCCAUUGUCCAAGAGACGUAUCGUGAUGACUGGACUUCAUAAAAAUAACGAUAAAAAUAAAUAAAAUAAAACGAGCAACAAUGCGACAUUGAAUUCGACACUGUUUGAAGRGUAAAACUAAGUAGUGUCGUCAGUACCUUAUAGACUAAAACUCCAUUGAAACGAGUACAAAUCUUCUUCGAUGUAAAGGGCUGUAGCAAAGCAUCACCUGCCAUUUCGAAAAGGUUUGUUGCUUAUAAUGAAGCAAGAGUUGUAAACAAGAASAUAGCAAAGUAUUUUAUUAAUGUAUAGUCAUCUAAUUUAUUAUAAGAAUAAAGUACUUAUGUAUAUA